ACCACCUUCCUCCCUCUCUUAAUUACUUGCCACACUUACCAUAACUAAUAAUUUCUUUCUUUCUCUACCUUUUUCUUUCUAAUUAGCUCCCUCUCUCUAAUUAAUUAGCUCCACUCCUUGUAUUUUCUUUACUCACUAAUUAGAAAAGAAGUUCAAAUUGAGCUAAACAAAAUGGCAUUAACACCAACUCAACUCCAUCAAUUAACCUUCAUAUUUGGCAUACUUGGAAACAUUGUUUCCUUUGGUGUCUUCUUGGCUCCAUUGCCAACAUUUUGGAGGAUAUUCAAGAAGAAAUCAACAUUAGGGUUUCAAUCAAUACCUUAUUCGGUUGCACUAUUUAGUUCAAUGCUAUUGUUGUACUAUGCAUUCUUGAAGGAAACCAAUGGAACAAUGAUUCUUACCAUUAAUACCAUUGGUUGCGUAAUCGAAGGAACAUAUCUCAUUAUCUACCUCAUUUAUGCUACUAAAGAAGCCAGGAUUUAUACAACCAAAUUGGUGGGACUUUUCAAUGUAGGAGUUUUUGGGCUCAUAGUACUUACAACUAUGUUGUUCGUUAAAGGGAUGGAUAAACACACGAUGUUUUCAAAAGGCGGUAUGCGUGUAAACAUUGUUGGAUGGAUUUCUGGCAUCUUCUCCGUUUGUGUCUUUGCUGCUCCUCUUAGCGUUAUGAGGCUGGUAAUAAAAACAAAGAGUGUAGAAUUCAUGCCGUUUGGGCUAUCAUUCUCGCUUACACUUUGUGCGAUCAUAUGGUUCUUUUACGGUUUCCUCAUUAAGGACUUCUACAUUGCGUUGCCAAACAUCCUUGGAUUCGCGUUCGGAAUAGCUCAGAUGAUAUUGUACGUAAUUUACAAUCAUUUAUCAAAGAAGAAGAAAAACAACAACAACAAUAAUGGUGAUGAUCUCAUGAUAAAAGAAGUCGAUAUCAUGCAACUUCAAGAGUUAUCUAUUAAUAUAAAACAUGGAAAUGUUGAGAAAAUUGAGCAAGAUUCUACAACUUUGGAUCAACAAAACAAGCCAGCUGAGGUUAUUGAAAUUAAUGUAGAAGAAAUGGUUAAAGUGAACAAUAAUAAUAUUAUUGUUAACGAGGUUGAUGGGAAACCGGCCAAUGGCGAUGUGCCACGUGGAGAUAAUGCAUGCUAAUUAAGUAUAUGCUAUGUCGAUGAUGGUGAAUGAUUAUGCCAAAAGAAAAGAGAAAAGAAACGAAUGGAGGGUCCAUCUAUUAAAAUGCAAAAUUCAAGGGCCAAAAGAGAUGAACUCAAAAGAUGUGACAUGGAUGUCUUUGCCAAAAAGGAGAAGAGAAAGGGCUAGAAAUUUUGAUUUUAUGUAAAUUUUUCGAAGAUUCUAGAUUUAUAUCCCGUAAUUCUAGCUAGUGGUAAAUAUUAAACAUAAAUGUUGUUGAAAUGUAUCCCGUGAACAAAAAAGAAACUUCAGAUAUAUAAAAUCGUCAUUU